AUGAAAGACACUUGGUAUGGAUAUGAGGAAUCAGAGCUUUCACCCCCAAGGAAACGGCAGAAGGAUGUUGCAAGAGGGAGUUUGGCUGGUCGUUCUCACCGUCAUUCACCUAGCCUUUCUGAAAAGUCCAAUGCAGCACCUGUCAGUGACAGAAAAACAAGUUUGAUUUCUGGUAAAGAUAUCAGAGAAGAGAUUGACAAAAAGAAGAAGGAUGAUUUGAUGAGAUUUAAAAUGAUGGAUCCUUCAAUCAGUGGGCGUGGUGCUGUACCAGUGUAUCGUGAUAAAGUAAAAGAAGCACGCAUUUCCAAGGAAGAAUACUUGAAGUCAAAACAGAAAGUAGAAGAAAAGCCAAAGGAGAAGGAAAUAGAAUCGGGCAAGGGCUUGGCUCAGAAGAGGGAAGCUGAGGCUAGGAUGAAGGAACCUUUUGCACGCAGCAGGGACGAUCCAGAACUUGACAACAUGCUCAAGGAUAGAUUAAGAUGGGGUGAUCCUAUGGCACAUUUGGUAAAGAAAAAAUAUCCAGAGCCUGUUCUUCCGGAUUUGGGAGAAGGUGAGAAGAUGAAAGAAUCAAGUUUUGUUGUUCCACAAUUGAAAAGAGGUUUAGAUGCUGCACCAAAUCGCUAUGGGAUAAGGCCGGGGCGACAUUGGGAUGGAGUUGAUCGUAGUAAUGGUUUUGAGAAGGAAAAAGAGAACAAAUGA